CACAGAACUUCGAUCAAAACACAGACAUUCGCGGGCAGUCGAAAAGAAGCAUGAGUUUCUGCCUUGUUGGUAAUUAAUAUGGCAGAUCCUUCUUUAGUCGAUUCAAGUGAAGUCCAGUCCUCAGUUACGAAUGGGGAAAGCUCGAUUGAAGUGGAGAAAGAGUCCGCUGCGGAAGACGCGUCCGUAAGCAUACCGCGAAAAUCGAGCGUUCUUAAAAAAGAUGGGAGACCCUCGAAGCGAUCUCUCCAAAAGUCUGUGUCGUUUAUUGCUCGUCCGGAGGAUAAACGAAUCAUAAACGGUGAGAUGCCAAAUAUAUUUUGCAGGCAUUUGUCAAGUUAGUUACGUGAAAGACGUAAAUGAUUAAUUUGUCGAUUUCUACUGUAGCCGAGGAUUGUUUGACCUUCAUGCAGAAUGGUUCGGAGUUAAUGAAAAUUCGCUCGAAUUCAAGACAAUACCAGAGGUUCUUCUUUUUAGAGGAAGACUUAACGGGUUUACGAUGGCGACCAUCGUCCAAGAAGCCUGAAAAAGCGAGGAGUGAGUAUUCUUAUUUGCUCCUAAUUUAUAUAUUAAUGUCCUAUGUGACAAUUUGUAUUUUUGUGCAUUUCCAUUCCAUUUCAGUCUCUUAGCUGUCAUGUGUUUUGUAACUCUUAAUGAAUCUGCAUUUAAGUUUGCGGGUAGUCCAGAGGGCAAAAUUAUUCGCUCUAAAGAACAGUAGGCGAUAGGGUAUUUUUGAGGUAUUUACAAAACAUUUCCGUCAUCGAUUAUACAGCUAGACAUAGAAAUUUCUGAAACUUUCACAUUGAAGUUGGAAAUGCUGCUCGAAUUUCCUUAAAAGGAUUAUCACAAGAACGAUUCAGUAUAGAUAUGAAAUGAAAGGGUUCCGCGAUUCGUAUCCGGUCAAUCCAAGAGGAUGUGUUGAAUAUGAAACUUUUUUACUCUAACGACGCCACUUUAACAUCUAAGCAAUGAGUCUCGAGAUGGUAAAUGCUUCUGUUGCUAGAUUCAAUCACAAGGCAGUUAAACUUUUUCCGUCACCUUGAUGGAGUCUGUGCAAUACAAUCACAGCUUGAAUGUAGCUAUCGCACCGGACGAAGUGCCAUCAUGAAAACAAAUUCGGUGUAGCUUUUAUUCCUGACGAGGAAGCUAGGUACUUUCAAAAGGAAGUAUUUGAAUCCUUUUCCACAUAAGUAUGAAGAGGGUAAACAUAUACCAGAAUAUGGUAUUUCUGCUAUUAGUUUUUCUAUACUUGAUAUUUUUCCUCAGUGCCCGCGGGCACAUGGAAAUUUCCUGGCUCGAUAAAUAUUAUCGUUAAAUCGAGAGCUUAGGCUCUCGAGAGUCGAAAGAUUUUUCUUCCGGAUCCUAAACGAUUUACGAGAAACAUGUAGCGAGUUAAUAAUUUUAGGAACAGUAGUUAAUAUUUAAACUGCAUCCACGGUUUAAAUCGAAGACAUGAUCGAUUCGAUGAGUCACAAGUUAGAGUUUUUAUGCGAAUAUAUCUCUUCUGUUGCCUUACAUUUACGGAUGUUUUGUUAAUAGUAAUGUAGAAUUAGCUGCUUAUCGCAUUUGUUUGCGGGGAUGGACGAAUCUACGGCGAACGAAAAUCAAGGUUAUUCCGAAAAAACCUCCACCAGAACCUUACAUUUUUAUAAUUUCUAUUUUAUGUGCUUGUGUACAUACUAAAUAACACAUAAGCUCGUAAAAAAGUCAAUCGUACAACAGUAACAUGUAACUUAUAUGUGGUGUAUUUUAAGGUCAUAGGAAAUUCAAGAAAGUCAUAGACUAUGAAGAAAAUGAAACUUUAGAAGGUUUCAUCGGCAAUUCGUUUUCUUUCUCUAACUUUCUGACAUCCAUGCAAAACAAAACAAAAAUUAGACAAAAUAUUGAUUGGUUAUCUUGAGGUGUUUUGUUGUGCCCAUAAGAUGACUAUCUGUGCAACCAAUUUCAAAAACAUUAAUUUGAACAUCAGGAAAUUGACCCCCAGCUGUUACAUCUGAAAGAGAGUCCUCAACUCUUUGCUUGUUAGAAUUUUCCACUGAAUGGCAGUGGCAAGGAGUUACAGUAACAAGACCAGUCUUAAUUGCUGUGGUUAGUUUCACACGGCACAUAAUGUAAUGCAUUUCCAGACUACUACCAUACAUUUAGUUGAUAACAAUUGAUAUCAUUAUCAGCUGCAGAAGAGAAACUAAAGAAAACAAUGAAAACAUUUUAAUGAGUAAUUUCAUUGCAUUAAUGAGUCCAAUUUUAAGAGGUUCAUGUUUCAAUUAAAAUUUGUGUUUUCCCUUUUUGUUUUGUGUCUUUUCGAAUACAUUGGGUUUUGUUUAAUACAGAAAAAUUGCAAAUUAUAGAAUAUUCCUCAAAAUUUGAAAUACACUCAAAGUUAUUCAGUGGUGAUUUAUUGAAAAAUAAGUGAAAUGAUAAAUCAUACCAAAUUUCCAGAACUUAACCCUUGAAACUCUAAGAUCAGUAGAUAUAUUCUUCAUACUGUUCUCAAUACAUUCCCUAAGGUGCUGAUAAGGAGAAUUUGUGUAACAAUCAAGAGCUUCUAUUAUUGGUGAUCAUUUCCUUUUUUCUCAUGACCUUUAAGUGUGAUUUAGGAGUGGUAUUGUAAGGAGAAAUUAGAUCCUAGUCACUCUAGGGGGUCAAAGGGUUAACUUAUUUCUGAGGGGGUAGGGGCAUGAAUUUAAUUUUUCAUCAUGGCCUAAAAAAUGGUCUGUCUGAUGAUUGAGUCUGCGAAUAAGGCAAAAAUAAAUAUUUUGUCGGCACAAGAUAUGACAUGGCCUGGACCUUAGGGCUAAGCAACUUGGGUAAUGAUGCAGUAGUAUAUGAGGGGGAGUAUUACUGUAUAGCAUGUGACAUCCAUCUAGGCUUCAGAACUAACCUUGCACCUUUGGCUGACACCAAAGUUAUUUUAGUUUGAAACCUUAUUUUGUUUAAGUCUGAAGCCUUGUAGGAUGGGCUGCCAACUGCUCUGAGUUUGGGCUAUGGUUCUUAUUCAGAUUUCCUGCUAUAUUGUUUGCCUAAAGGGGUUUUUUCUGGCCGCAGUAUAACCAUAGUAGUGUCCUUGUAAGCGGUUGCCCAUCUCUGUUAAUUGUGACAUGGUGAAGUUAACGUGUUUAGUGAUGUAUACUUAUUUUUGACUGGGAAAGAAAUUGAUUUUAUAUCAGGAUUGUAUGUGGUAUAUCAAUUGCGAAUGUACGCAUGUAUGUAUGCCCUGGGCAAUAUAUACCUUGGGCUGGUUCUUGACAGGCUUCCUUCAAUUACCUUAUUUGGUUUACACUACUGUGUUAUUUGUUGUGUAGUGGAGACAAAAUAUAAAUGUGGGGGUGGAAUACUCUAGUGACCUCAACAGUUUUGUUAUGGUUUGUGUGGUGUGAUUAGUUGUUGUAAAAAUUAAAACCAGUUCAAGCCUAUGAGAUAAUCAUAGAAAGAAAAUUAGUGGCAGUGUUUGGAAGAAGCCUGCAAUUUUUUUUUUUUGCAUUAAAUGGUAACCUAGUGGGUCCCUGUAAGCUUGCCAAUAAACAACCAGUUGAAUUUCAACAGUUUAUAUUGACAAAAUUAUGAAUAACUAUGCCAAAAAAAGUGAUAAUUCUUAAUUUUUAUACUAUCUUGAUGCCGUAGAAAGUCACAUGAGUUGUGGUAGAUAGCCUGUGAGAAAACAUUUUAUGUAGAUGAACUUUACUAAUGGCAGCUUUUCUCUGCAUUGGUGCUUCUCUUGCACAUCUCUGUGAUUUAAGAUUCUUACAACUGCAGCCGUAAACUAUUCAUGGCUGGUGUGAGGAUGGACUAAUAUCUUUUUUCCAAAGAAUUUUGGAAUUAUACAUGUAAAAUGAACUUCAAACUACCUUGUAAGAGGAUCCUGUGACAUAUCCGUGACUAAAUCAAAACAAAUAUUUUUGAUGUUGCUGAUCCUAGCUUUAUUCUGGACACUUGUCACAUUUCAAGCUAAAAUAAUGAUCAACAUAGCUCUCCAGUUAGUUUUGCUAAUCCUUAUACCCUGACAUCAGUACGCAUAUUUUCUUUACUAAUCUUUUUAGGUUUUCUAAGGUGCUGACAAGGAGAACGUGUGUAACAAUCCAAUACUUCUUUAUUUAGUGAUCAUUUCCUUUCUCCUGACCCUAAUGCUUGACUCAGGGGUGACAUUGUCAGGAGAAAUUAGAUCCUGGUCACUCUCGGGGUAAAAGGGUUAAGCACAGACCAUGAAAAGAAAAGUUCUGUUUGAAUUCUGUAAGGAUGCUUUUUAACCCAUGCUUUCGUAAAAGUACUGCAUUAAACUGUAUUCUGUUAGUGUUGAAAUUUAUGAAACAAUCAGUGUCUAUUAUGCUGCAUUUGCUGACCAGGGUAACACAUUCAAAACAAUAUUUUGUGUGGCACAUCCUCUUACUCAAACCCCUGUCCCUCCAAUAUCAGUAUGCAUAUUCUCCUUCCUGUUCUUUCUGCAUUUCCAGUGGUGUUGAUCAGGGUAAUUUGUUUAAAAACCAAGAUCAUCUUUUUUGUUCUUGUGACCCUAAAUGUUUUACUCAGGGAUGAUAUUGUAAGGAGAAAUUAGAUGCCAGUAAAUCACAGGGCGUACAUGUAAGCCUUAAACCCAUUUAGUAAAAGCUGUACUUAAAAUAUGGUUUUAAUGAGCAAACCUGAGUAACAGAACUUUUUGUUGUACACAUGUAAUUUCUACAAAGAUAUUCCAGAACCGUCUUCUUAUUAAUACCUCUUUGUGAUGGUUUGAAAUUGAAGAUAUAUAUACAAUACUGUCUUAAGUGAUCCGUGUAUUUGCAUUUGUUUAAUGUUUGUCUUUUCGUGCCCAAAAGUGUUUAUACAAUAAUGAGUUUGCCUCAUCUUUUAAAUUGUGGCAUUAACUGAGAUCUCCAUCAAUGUGAAAGCUGUGUAUUUGUCAAUUAACAACACCUGCCAACUGCAUGAAAUAACCUGCAGAGUUUGGGUUCAUCAAUAAAUUAUUCAUUGCAUGCAAAAAACCUUCAGCCAAUUUAGUGCUACUCUAUAUCAUUGGGUGCAACAUAAUGUCAUUCUUGACCCUAUUAAGUACUUGGAAACUGCAGAAAUUGUGGGAAAUGUCGAGUUCUACAUGGAUCAAAGAAAAACACUUGUCUUUUAUUUAGAUUUUGUUUCUCACAAAAAUAUUACAUGGGAAAAAUUUUAAAAGUUGUAACCCUGUUAGGAAUGAUGCCAAGAAUAGAAACACAUGCACUGAAAAGCUAUGCAGGUGAACUUAUGGUAUAAUGGCAUAAAGAUCUUUGAAUUCUGUAUCAGGCAGCAUUUCCAUAAUUUGAAUAUCAUUGAUCUUUGCUUUAAAGGAUCAAAGAUAACCAUGGCAGGUGCUCUCAUAUUUUAUGUCCUUUUUGUUGUCAGAAAAGUGCAAUGUGAAGAAAAGUGUGCACAUUUAGGAGCUUAAAAUUUGCUUCACAGCUUGAAUAUUAGUAAAUUCAAAAAUUUUCAACAAGAAAUGAAUUUGAAACCUCUUAAAGUGUGGUGUGGGGUGUACCUCUGAAAUAUAUCCUCCAGGGAUAAUCAUUUGCCUGCACCCCCCUCUACUGUCAGCCAAAAUUGAUUGUAAGAAGUCCUCACUAUGAAUUUUUUUUCACAGAAUCUGCAUAUAUCUUUGAAUUUACAACUUCCUAACUAAGGUUGUUUUCUUCAACAAUAACCUUAAACUUGCCUUUUUUUCCUGAAAAAUAUUCUAAAGUAAUACCCUAAGAGUCAUAAAAUACAUUUCUUCUUUUCAUUUCAAUUGUACAAAAAAUGAUCUAAAUUGUUUGGUGACAUCAUUGUCCACUCUAUUUUGUGGCCGGUGACAAAUUUUACAUGGUAUUCAAAUUUCUUAAUGAAGCUGUUAAUUUCAAAAAUGAAACUUUUGAAGGUAAGGUUGUCUGUCUCUGUGCAAAAUUUUUCUGAGCAUGGUAUUACCUUUUUCAGUCUCUGACUGAACCAGAUACCUCAUUUAUCAAUCUCAUUUGAUUCUCCAUUCUUGAAGACAGUAAGGCUCAUAGGGCAGGUUUCAAUCUGAAACCAUCAACUACAUUUGAUGGAUCAAUUAAGCAAUACCUGACACUCUUAUUAUUACCUUCAAGAUUGUUGAUGGGCUUUCUCUGACCCUUUGUUGACUCUGCUACAAGAACGGCAUCCACUAAAAACUCUAAAUUCAUUCUCACAUCUUACUAUUCCUAUUAUAAACUCUGCAACAUUUCGGUCAACUUGCAUUUUCCUUCUCUGCCCCAUCAUUGUUCACUAUUCUUCCCAAUUGUCUUAAAAGUGCUGUAUUGGUUUUGUCUUUCAGAGCUGCUUUAGAAUAAUUUAUAUUUCAGAAUAUUUUUCUCCAAACCAUGCAAAUUGUUUUAUAUGUGUUUAGUUAUUUGGUAUUUUGGUAUUUGGUAUGUGUUUAGUUAUUUGGUAUUAUGUGUGACAUGUAGGUGCGUUGAGACUUGAAAUGCACAUUUAUUAUUAUUAUUAUUAUUAUUAUUAUUAUUGUUAAAGAUUCAAUGUCCUUGAAAAGAGAAAUGUUAUCAUUUGUCUCACAACGUGGUGACUUAAGAUGUGGAUUGUGACAUUUUGACUGCAUCCUGCUAGUCUUCUUCAGCUUAGCUGGGUGGACAGCAUCCUGGGGUUGUACUAAAUGUGAUCGUAGCAUAGUCCUUGUUUCUCUCUUUUAGAAUUUUCCAAGUGAACAUAGCAAGAAUUUCUUUCAUUGGUAUUUAGUGAACAUGUUGUAAGGCUCUUCAUGUACAACUAUGGCACUGCACUCUGAGCUACAGUUUUACGACCAUUUUGGUCUCAAAGACAUGACAAAAAAAUUGUUGGAGACUUAAUUAACAGUAAAAGUCACCAAUUUUGCAAACUGUGCUUGUGUUUUCAUAGUGUUUUGGGUAGAUAGUUAAAAUUAGAGAAACCAUUUGUAUACAUUAUUACUACAGUAUUAAUGCAGAAUUAAAUACUGCCCUUUCAAUUUCUUUUGUAUGUUUGGUAAAAAUUCUUUGUUUGAUGAUUACUGUGUGCAAAAAAUGUGAAAUCUGUUUCUUUUUUUUCCAGUCUCAAUUGACACUGUAAAAGAAAUUCGCUGUGGAAAAAACACUGAUGUAUUCCGUGAAAUGGACAGGGAUGAUUUUCAAGAGGACUGUGCAUUCUCAAUUAUUUACAGUGACAAUUUUGAGACUCUAAAUCUUGUUGCAUACUCUCCAGAUGAAGCUAACAUUUGGGUUACUGGCCUAAGGUGUCUCCUGGACUCAGACAAAGGUAAAAGAAUUUUCUCAAAGUGCUUUGUUAGGCCUAAAGCAGGAGGGGUGUGGACUCCUUAUGUUCACCUCAUUGGAGAGGGGGUACUUCUCAUAUCCUCCUGGGUAAAGAGAGGUUCUAGGGAAGGAGCAUGACUUGCCCAAGAACGCAACACUCUAAUUGGGGGCUACGACCUCUGAAGCUAAGUGCACUUCCAGGCAACUUCAUUGCACCCCAUGGUCAGCACCUUUACCUGAACUCCAGAUUGAAUGAUCCAGGUUUUAGAUCCCAGAUUACAACCCUUAGAGAUCAAGAACGGUCUUUUACUGUUUUGUCUUUUUAAAGUCACUGGUGCCUCAAAAACAAGUAGCCACUGAAUAUGCCAAUUAUCAGUGCUCUAUAGCUGGAGAAAAUCAAGCUUAGCUGGUUUAAGUACAUGCAUGCAUGAGCUUGCAGCAAUUAUGUGACAAAUAACGUCAAUAUCACUGUUGAGAUUUUUUUGUUUUUUUUGUUAUAUUGAACAGCCAGCAGCCCUGUGGAAAACAGGCAACAAAUGCGGGACAGAUAUCCUUUUCAAGAGCAGUUUUGACACUUUGUAAUAUCACAAUAAUAAAUUAUUUAUUGGAUCUUUUUUUUUAUCCUCCUCAUUCUGUUUAAUCCUAGCAAGUUCAGUGUUGGGAAUCCAAGCUCUUUUUCAGUAUGGUACAAAGAUGUUGACUAGAAUAAUAGGGGUAUCAUUUGAAGGCCUCAAGAGGCCCUUAAUCCUUGGAAAGUAUGCAUUCGAUUGGGAAAUGUUGCAGUUUUUGACUCAUCUAGUUUCAUUUAUUGCAUUUUGAGGUACAUUUGCAUUUAUGUUGUUUUUUUUUUCCACAAAGUCAACUGUAUUGAACUUAAGGUGAAAUAAAGUUAUGUUAGAAUGAUGAUGAUUUUGUGUUAAGGCCACAAACCAGUGGCCAGCACAUCACAAGUGGGUGGAUCUACUUGCUACUCAUUUGCUAUUGUAACACCUGAAAAUUUUACCUAAUGGCUACAUAUUGUGACAUAGGAAAUGGUGAGAUUCUGAGGAUAAGAGGAAGAAGAAUUAGGAGUUUUAUUUUGACACUUCCUCUGUGAAAUUUCCUUAACAUUUAAUUACAUGGUUGAAGGAACAGUUUGUAAUGGCAGACAAUGGAGGCAAAGGAAGGCUUAAUGAGAAAGAGGUUCUUUCUGUGGUCAGACAGUUGAAUGAGCAAAUUCCUGAAAGUGUAAUUAAACAGAGAUUUAAGGUUGGUGGUUAAUCUGUUACCAUAACUUCUAUAAUUAUUUCACUAAGGUUCAAGUGCCAAGUAUGAAACUACCACUGUUAGUUAACCCUUUAACUCCCAUGAGUGACCAAAGCAGAACUUCUCCUAACAGUAUCAAUACAAUAUCUAGCAGACAAGUGAUGAGAAUUGAGAAAAGUAUCAAUUAGGGGAUUUCUAGAUGAUCCAAUACCAGACUCCUUGAGCUAUCAUCUUAAGAAUUGUAUUACAGACAAUAAGGGGAAUUACUAGAGAGAUCUUGGGAAUGAAAGGCUAAAGGCCAUAAUUAUUGUUGUGACAAGUACUUAAAUCUGUUCUGGAGAGCAGGGGUUUCAGUAACUUUUUCUGGGAGUGGCUGCUGAUUUGUGAUAGAUAGCUCUGUCCUAAGGUGAUACCCAAACACAGGAGCCUGCUUCCAGGCUAAACAGGAGGCAAUAGAGGAUCUUUCAGGGGGUGGUAGACCACCAAUAACUGGCUUUUAUUGAAUCUCCUGAAAAAGGGGUAUUGGUCCUCCCAUCCUACCCCUCUGAAACUCUUAAAACUCAACUGAAAGGUUUUGAAGCCUUGCCUUAGUACAACAGUCCAUUUUACAGCUGCUUGUUUGGUUACCAAGCCUUUGAACAGGAGUAAGGCUAAGGGUGACCUUGUUAUGAUACAAACGUUGCUGCUUUUCAAAUGUAAAUUACUUUGUUAUCAUGCCAACUAGGUACUGGUCAGUCUCUCUCACAACAAGGUCACCUUCAGCCUCACUCUAAAUCAAAGACUUAAGAACUAAGUACACAACUGUAAAAUGGCCUAUUCUCACAAUGUUUUGAGGAUUUAGGACAAUUGAAUUUGAUAUUGAGUUUUACGUACACCUGUUGACAAUGACCUGACCUCACAUCAGAGCAUUACAUAACUUUGCAUAUGAUUAUUUUAUAGAAUAUGCACCAUACAAAUGAUAAAUGUUAUUCAAAUAUUUAACAUUAUGGUGGACUCUUUUUUUAUCUUUGAUAUGCACAUCAUUUGAUUGGUGUUCUAACACUUUAUUUAUUUCUUACAGGAAGCAGUUGCUAUUAGUUCAAAUUCUCAAAAGAAUAGUUUAUCUAGGGAGGAGUUCCUUUCAUUUUACAAAGAACUCACUACAAGACCAGAGGUUUAUUUUCUGAUGGCGAGGUUUGUUGUUCAACCGAUAAUCACACUGUUUUUAAAUUUGACACCAAAAUCAUUUGUGAAUUUAAAACACAAACUUCUGCCAAUUAAGAUAAACUUGGAGUUGCUCAACUUUGAAUAGAAGCAUUUAGCAGUAGUCUAUUGUGCAGAGAUUCUAGCAGGGAAUUGGUCCCUGAAUGAUUGCACCUUGAGGUGCUUUCAUGUAGACUUGAUGUACAACCCCAUCUUUUUCAACAUUAGAGCCUCUUGAAGUCUUCGGAAGUCCUUCUGAUGUACAUUUAUGUACUUAACCAAUUUCAGGUCUUUGGCUAUCUUUCUAAAUGUGUUUCCUUCUUUUCCUCAUGUCUUUUUAGCUAGGGUUAUAAAAAUUGAUAUCAACUAAAUUAAUUUUUCUCUUUUGUGCAUUUAAAUUAUUUUUACCUUCACUGAAUUAUCUCUUUUGUAAAGCCAUUCUUUGGAACAACUAUUGAUAAUGAUAUUGAAUAAUUGAUUACCAAUUAAUGUUAUAUGUUGUUUACAUAUUGCUGAUUAGGCAUUUUUUUUGGCAGGUAUACAAGUAAUGGUGACUAUCUAACAACAGAUGAUCUACUACUCUUCCUGGAAGCUGAACAAGGGGUAAUAAAAUUUAAAUUCUGUUUAAACAUGCACAUGUGUGUAAUGAACUCUGCUCAGUGUGAUUUAUGUUGUGGUAGUUUUAUCAAUCAUAACCUUUACAAUUUCCUCAAAAGUGAUUGGUGCAGUUGCUGCUUUAUUUUUCACUAAUCGUUCUGUAAAGUUGUAAUUGGACAGUGUAAUCAGACAGUUGCCUGUAAUCAGACACCUGUUAUUGGACAGUUGAAGCAGCCAAUCAUACUAAGUCAUUUCAGUGAAAUCCACCAAUCACAGAAUUGAUCACAAUAACCAUGAUAGCAACAACUACUUUUCCUGAAAAAAGUUGUGGAACUUCCAAAGUUAAGAAAUUUUUUACUUAGAAAUUGUCUCUACUGCACAUAUUUCUCCUAAAUGUAUUUGUUGUUUUCGGAAAUUGUAACAGUUAUGAGUAAUCAUACUCAUGAUUGACAAAUUGGACUCCCCCUUCGUCCGGUCGUCCGAUUUUGUUAAUCACUCGUAUAAUUACAGACCGAAUUGGACUCCACUCGGUCCUAUUGGCAUUAUUAAUUGUAUGUACCGUAGAAAAGAGCAAUAUUUAAUUGGGUGGCUCAAGUAAUCCGAGAUUGUAUUAGUUUUGCUUUACCUUGGUCUGUGAUUGGUGCAGAAAACUCUCACCGCUCUCUUAACCAAUCAGAUGCAAAACUUCAACCGUUCACGAUUUGGUCGCCAGCGUUUUCCCGCGCUUUAAGCAGUUUGGUGGUUUUAAAUACUCUGAGUGAUCAUUGGCUCUUAUAUUUGCUUAAGUUUCUUCUGAGUGACUGUUGUGAUUACUUUGGUCUUGAGUUUACAAUACUCAAUCCAAAAGCGCUCUAAUGCAAUAAAUGGUCCUUGUUUUUCCAUCUCUGAUUCCUUCAGCUCUCCAGAGUGGGAAAAGAACACUGUUUAGAUAUCAUCAGAAGAUGCGAGCCAACAGAUGAAGGAAGAAGGUUAAAAUGUUUAGGAAUAGAUGGUAAGUAGUAGAGAGUUCUGUGAAUUUCUGUGAUUCUACUCUAAUUCGAUUCCAUAAAAUUCAUGAAAAGCGUGAACAUUUUAUGUUGGAUUGCAAACGAUUAACGUCUUGUUUUCACAAUUUUUCGUUUCUUAUUUUAAUUUAUCUUUGCAGGAUUCACACAAUAUUUACUAGAAGAUUGUCAUAUUUUUGACACUGAUCGUGCAGUAAUCUGUCAAGAAAUGAACCAUCCACUCUCUCAUUACUUUAUUGCAUCUUCUCAUAACACGUAAGUUAAAUUUUUUCAGUUGUUAACCAUCUUAAGUGAAUAACUGAAGAAUAUUUGGUUUCGCAUAAAGUUGAAAUGGGUGCAUGGAACAUUUUCAAUCAAAAGUAAACCCGCAAUCACAAUAUAUCGUGAUUGGUUUAGAAAAGUCAUGCCACCCUUCCAACCAAUCAGAUGCAAAAUUGAAACCAACCGCGUCCUGGUAAAAAGCGUUUCCCGCGCUUCAAGUUUUAGUUCUCGUCAACGCCAUGUUAAUAUGGCCUACAUGGAUAUCUGCAUGACUCGUUGAUUGGACCGACAGGCUGUCUGUUUGUCUUUUUGUUUGACUGUCUGAGUCAUCGUUUAACGAAAGGUGACUAACACUGUGACUGUCUCCUUGACCGGCGGCUGACCUGUUUUUCCUUCGAUUCUCCCAGUAUUUUAGAACUUUUUCUUCUCUCUCGAUUUGGUUUGUAGGUACUUACAAGAAAAUCAACUCAGUGGACCGUCAAGUGUAGAAGCUUAUAUCGAUGCAUUAAAAAAGGGCUGUAAAUGUGUAGAAUGUAAGUUUAAACUCUUAAGUUUCGUUCAGCGAAAAAAAUCUCAAAUUGUGAACAAAAAUCGGUGGCUAUGUUGUCACUGUGCUGGAGUCUGAAGUGAGAGGUCUGAGUUCAAGUCCUGGACGGAUCUUGGGUGGGUGACACACUUAACUCUCACAGUGCCUCUCCCCAACCUGAUGUGGCACCGACGAAUUGUCAAGAAAUCCUGAGAAAAUUCAAGGGGGGGGAAGGGGUGGAAUACCUGCGAUUUAUCAGCAUCCAAUUCAGAGGAUUGGCGGAGGGGGGAGGGGGGUUGGGGAAGGGGGCUAAAUAAGGGUUAAGCUCCGCCCUGAUAGGCCUCGUGGCUUUUAAGUAGACUUCCAUUAACCUGCUCCAAUAUUUUAUAAUUCGUUUUCAUGUGAUUUUGAUUGAUUACCUUUUAGUGGAUUGUUGGGACGGGAGUGGUGAUGAUCCGGUCAUUUAUCAUGGCCACACACUUACCUCAAAAAUUCUCUUCCGCGAUGUUUUAGAAGCCAUAAACGAAAAUGCAUUCAUAAGAUCUCCGUAAGUAAAUAAAUUAAUAAGUAAAUGAUAGUAAUAAAUUGCAUUAGUAGCAGCCCACACACGAAGUAAUUUUAUGUCCUCGAAUUUGAAUUCGACGCUUUGUUUAUUUUAAAGGUUAGAAUCCUGAAGAACUUUGUUAAAGACCUCGAGUUUCCGAGUUUCCAGAUUCCGGGAAUGGAAUCCAGGCUACGGCGGUUAAGAGGAGCGCUCCUCCCAUCCUCCCUUCCCCUCCCCUCCCCCGCCCCCACUCCUGUUCCUCAUCAUUGCAAAGUACCUUCAAAUUUUUUUGCAGGGAUCGACUGCAUCAUUUGAAUUACCCUCCCGAAGUAUCACUUUCCUUUUUUUUCUGAUUUUGACUCGUGUUUGCAUCCUGGUGGCGUCUUACUUCACAUCAUGUUAUGAUUCCCGUGUAAAGCGUAUGUUACAUGCUACUGAGUUCACGGUAGUAUAAAGAAAGAUAACGGUUACAACCCGUCAGAUAGAUAUGAUAUGAACUGGUCAUCAAAAUUUGUUCAUGCUCACACAAUCCAGAAAAGUAAACCAAAUAAUGAACAGUACUUGAAAUAAAUGCACAAGAUACAAUUCUUAUGUUCUUAGAUUCAAACCUUGGUAUUUUGUUUUUCAGAUUUCCACUUAUAUUAUCCAUAGAAAAUCAUUGUAGUGUGAAACAACAGCGAGUUAUGGCAAAGUAUUUCAAAGAGAUUUUACAAGGUACGCUCCCAAUUGUUUUGUUCCCGAGAAUUCAUUGGAAGGGUUUAAUAAUUUUGUCGUAGUUCUUCCCUCUGUGUGGUUAUUUUUUGGGUGGUUUCAGCUAGUUUCACUAAAUGCACUAUGAUCAAUGUGAUAUCUUAAAAAUGAUAAGAUACUUUGUUGUUUUUGUAGAUAAACUUGAUAGAAUUCAACCCGGAGAAAAUGAAUCAUACUUACCUUCUCCCGAAGCACUCAAAGAGAAAAUCCUUAUUAAGGUAACUGUCUCAAGCCCAACACAGUACAAAGUUGGCUGGUUCUUUAACGCGAAUCACACUUUUUGUCUCUCAUCCUUUGGUUCUAAACUUGUACACCCUGUUUAAGAUUCAGGCUUUUUCAGGGAGUACCAGAAAACAUGAGCUUAUAUUUAAUAGGUUGUGUUAGUUUCAAUUUUUUUCUAACGUGGAGAAUUCAGUAAAACUCUUCCUCAGUUUCCAGUGUUUUUGUCUGGAAUUUAGAACAAGAAGCUUCCGGCAGAUGUGACGACCGACUCUGGUGAGGUCAGCGAUGAAGGUGAAGACCAAGAUGAAAAUAUUGAAAUGAAUGGCGAAUGUAAACUGGAAAGACAAAAUAGCAAAACAGGAAGCAUUAAAAGACAAAUAGUGAAGGUAAGUGUAUGUUUUAAACAUUUUCUUGGAAGCUGUUCAGUUUUAGGGUUGAGACUCGCGUAAACCUAAACGCAACUUACCAGGACCUCAAAUUGCAACACAGAUUGAUAUCAUCAGGAGCCGAUGAGAGCUCAAAGUUCAUGUAAUCACGAGUGCAUGGCCAUGUGCGCGGGAAAACAUGAGUGACCAAGUCGCGUUUGGUCGUUAGUGUUGCAUUUGAUCGGUUGAAAAGGUGAUGAGGUAUUUCUAGACCCAUCGAUGAACAAAGAACAGUACUCUCUCUUUUACGCUAGUCCUGAUUGAUAUGUUUAGUUCCGUGCAAGAUUGUUAAUAAUAAGUCGCUGCUUUUACUACGAAAUCAGGCAUUCGCCUGUUGUUAAUGGGAAACCAGUUAAAAAAGUGUUUUUAUUUUUUUAGCGCUUCGGGAAUCGUAUAGUCAUGAUAAUAAUGAUAAAUUUUAUUUGUCUUUUUACAGGAUCCCAAUAAAAAACCAAAGAAGACCACGAAGCUGAUCCGGGAGUUAUCUGACUUAGUCACCUACUGCAAAUCUGUCGCUUUUCAAGACUUUCAGUAUUCUUCUGAAAAUCGUAAGCAGAUUAAUGCGAAAGGCAAAUUGUUUAUCUGAAAUGAGCGAGUUUAUUUGCUGAUAUCUGUAAAAAGAUUACUCACUCACUAGCUCACCUUUUGUUUUUCCAUAGAAAAAUUCUGGGAGAUGUGCUCUUUUAGUGAAAAUGUAGCCAGACGCUUGGCGCAGACGUUUCCAGAAGAGUUUGUAAAUUAUAACAAGUCGUUUUUGAGCAGAAUUUACCCUGCUGGCAAGAGACUGGACUCCAGUAAUUUCAAUCCUCAAGAGAUGUGGGACUGUGGCUGCCAAAUGGGUAAAAAUAUUUACAUUGUGGAACGUGAAUUUGUAGUUAACCUCUAGAUAUAAAGUUCAAAUGGGUGUUGCGGUAGUUGAAGGGAAGAAACCAUGGGGUUUUAACAUUUUUGACAAAAACAGGAAAUCUAGUUUCUACCAAACUUGGAAAAAGUUUAGAGGAGAGAAAUAUUAUCGGAAAAGUGGAAAGAACUUAGGAUAUUCUCGUUAUCUAAAAAACGCAGGACUAAGGGUGAAACAUUUGCGAGGGAGUCCCUUCCUCCUAACUUUUAGAGAGGUGACUGCGUUGGAACUCGAAAAAUGCCUUUGUACAUGUUCUUGUUUGGGUUUUUCGGAGUUGGAUGUACACAACGUGCAAUAGCACUUUUAUAAUUUUGUACCUGAUGGCAGAAGUAAUUUCAACUGAGUUUCGAAAAUAAUCAAGGAUUACAUGAGUUUUACUCCACUUUGCCCUGUGAUUGAUCAGGAAAACUCGUGCCUUCCUUAACCAAUCAGAAGUAAAACUAAAACUAAUUGCGUCCUGGUCACUUCCUUUUCUCGCGCGUCAGGCAGUGGGCACUUUUUUCAGUUUGAUUUUUCAUUGGCUACUUUUUUCCGUUGUCUUGAUUGGCUGGUGUGAUUUCUUUCUUUACGACAGUUUACAACACUCAAUCGGAAAGUGCUCCGAUAGAAGUAGUCAGUCAAAGUGAGUGACAGGAAAUGUUUACUUUGAUUUGUCUUUUUGUCAUAGUGGCGUUGAAUUACCAGACGCCAGGGCUUAUGAUGGACCUGAACCAAGGAAAAUUUCUGGAGAACGGUGGCUGUGGAUAUGUCCUGAAACCUGCUGUUAUGAGAGAAGGUACAAACAUAUUAAUGAAUUUCAUCACCUGUCAAUGCUAUCCAUUACAGCGUUUGUGUAUUUUACAUUUUCCCGAAACUGAAAUUUCCUUAUUUAUUUUGUUGCAGAAAUAGCUUAUUUCAAUCCAAGUACUAAAGAUGUUAUUCCUGGCGUUUCGCCUCAGAUAUUACAAAUCAAGGUUCAAACAAGCAUUUUGUUAACUAGAAUUUCAUCAUAGUAUCGCUUUUUUCAAAAAAUGUCAAUUCCAGAUAUUGUAACAUGAAUUUGAGCCCUUUUUUCCUCUGUGCAGGUAAUUAGCGGACAGCAGUUUCCCAAACCAAAAGGCUCGACAGCCAAGGGUGACGUAAGUAAAAUGUCCUGGAUAUUGUAUCCAUGGUUUCUCUAUAAAUACUAAGGCGACUUUUAACUCUUCCCAGGUGAUCGACCCGUUUGUCACAAUCGAAGUGUUUGGUAUCCCUGCUGACAUUGCACAGGACAGAACGAGAACUGUUCCUCACAAUGGUAGGUGAUUUACCAAUGUAAGUGGUGUCUUUGACUAUCAACACCGAAUGACAAAAAAGUUGACACUAUUUACUUGUCACCAGACUUUCAAGUCAGUUUGCGGAAACUUGUAGCUGCUUGACAUGCCUUGAAUUAUCCCACGCUUCUCAUUAAUGAUUUCAUUAUUUAUUUAUUCAUGCAUUAUUCGUUUCCAUGCAUACUCUCAUUAAAUAACUCCAUAAUCAACUAUAAACAAACUCAAACACACCUAACUCGCAAUCCGUCACUUGGUUGCGACCAAGACAAUUUUUUUUGCCUCAAUCAACCUCUUAUUGACUAUGUACUAGGUGUAUGAGUUGUCCGCAGAUGCAACAAUUUUAAAGUCUUUGCCACUUGACAUUUACGCGCUUUCAGUGCACCUCCAGUUAAAAAAAAAAAAAAAGACAGAAACAAGUUUUAAUUUCUGACUUAAGCGGAUAUCUGUACAGUUCCUUUCAACUGUUGCUUUCUCAUCCCGUGGUUCGGUGCAGUCCCAUCCUCAUCAGCUUGGCAGUGAGUAAACAUUGGACCUGAACGGAGCAUUCACGCAAAAUUACAGUAUGGCGGAUUAAAAUGGCAACCUAUCAACAAAUUUCAAGUCGUCUUUGACCGAACCCAAAGGACAUUAACAUCUCAUGUACUAUGGUGCACACCAACUGAUUUUUGCACCAGGUUAUGGAUAACGAGUGUCAGGAAGAAUGAGAGAAGAAUUUUCUAUUCCAUUUAUGCAUAAACUGCAUCAUAACCUAGUGGCAUGAAAAAUAAAUGAGUAUUUAUGUAUUGAAUUUUUUUGCAAGGUUUUAAUCCUGUGUUCGAUGAAACUUUCGAGUUCCACAUCAACCUACCUGAUCUGGCGUUGGUGCGGUUUGUGGUUCAAGAUGAUGAUUUUAUCGGUGAUGGAUUUAUCGGCCAGUACACCAUACCUCUCAAUUGUAUCCAACCAGGUAACCUCAAUUUCAAAGACGCUUCAUUUUUUUUACUCAAAUUCGCUCCUAACUGCUUUGUGUCUCUACUGUAACAACCGUGAAUCGUUCGCAAGGACUUGGAAGGGUUCUCUGUGAGUGUUGGAGCUAAGAUAACGAUGCUUAUAUUGGUCUCAACAUGUAGCUCGUUUUAUGUACCAAUGCAGUCGAACGUUUUUGUGAAGAAGAAUUUCUCUUGUUUCACGAAGAAGCUUUGAUUCUCACCUUUUGCCUUACAAAGAAGAACUUAAAUGUAUCAUAGACAUUUAUGUGCUGAUUUACGUAACGAUGUUGACUAGAUUUGACUAAUUUUGGGUUUCCACCAUGAGUCAUCUCGUUACACUGAAAAAUAGUUGAAGAGUAGAAAAGCAAUACUAAAGCUGAUGAGGAUUUACUUCCGUAUUUCCAGGCUUCCGACACGUGCGCCUUUUGUCAUCGCAAGGGGAAGAACUGGAAUCAGCUACCCUAUUUGUUCACGUGACCAUCACAAACCUCAACGACGCUGUGGCAGUAAGUGUUGCAAGUUUUGUUGAGUGAAAGUCUAGAUAUAUAACAAUGUACAUUGGUCACCGUACAGAAUUUCUAAAGCAGCUUUACAGACACUGCGCUGGCCAAUUUUCAUAAUCAACUCAGUUGAUAGGACCAAAUUGUUUUUGUAUACAAAUUAGUACCAUUUGAUGAGGAUGAAGAACAUCUCGCUCAAGUCAACGGUUCUCUUUUUUGGCCUUAGACUGUGUCGGCAUUUAUUCGUUCGCCUAUCUUUAAGUUUUUGGGUCCAUUUAUUUAUGUCGUUAUUCAUUUAUUUAUUGUCUAUUUGGUUAUUUGUUUCAGCAGAGACCAAGGAAAGCGUCUUUAAGAAAAUCGAAAAAGGCGAGAGAGGUAUGCCCUAAGAUACAUGUGCUCUAUCAUAUUUCCUAUUUCAUCGUAAACAGUCUUAAUCGAUGCAGUGUGUAUCGUAUCUCAGUUAUCAACUGGGUUGAAGCUCUGUUCAACAGGUUUUAUUUUCUAUUUUUUCUUUUUAGUAUACAAGCAUGAAGUCCAUUGGUGUGAAAGCCGUGGAUGAUACGUUUAAGGUGAGGUAACAAGGGUUUCUUCUGUGCAUAGACUUGUUUUCGUGAUCUUCUGGUAUCGGAGGGUCUUCAAUCAUUGUUGUAAAUGAAGAUAGCAAGUUGAAUAAAUAAAAAAGUGAAAUUCCUAUGCUGUGAACAUGAUCCGAAAGGGAAAUCUGAGUGUGGAAAACGUUUCUGCGACACCAAAUAACUCACCGCAAAAGGUUUCCUAAAUUUAGGUUUUAAUAACAAAAAACUUCUUUGCUCGCUACCUAAAUCCGAAGACGUCCCCGAGACGUUUUAAACAAAAGUUAAAUUAAUUUGCUUUAGGCGAGGCUGCCAAGUUAACUUGUCACGAACUUGUCACGCAAUAUGAACGAAAAUAUUCCCGAACAUGAUCUUCCCUAACUAGUUCGGACUUCGCGAUCAGACGACCUUGACCUAUAUUAAGUUCAUCUGUUACAAGCAGUCUGUGUAUGGCCAUGAUCAUUUUAUCAUUUUUAAUUACAACUGAGCGCCAUUUUUAUGAUCCUUGGCUAUUCUUUGACAGCUGAAGACGACUGCUUAUUAUUUAGUGAUUUUUAUUUAUCGUACUAGUUUUACAGUGUUCUCCCUUAUUUUAAGCAUGACAGGUAAAUAAAUUUUCAAAUCGGUAAAGCAAUCCUUUUACUUGUUGAAUUUUCAAGAAUUCCAAGCAAUUUUAGACGGUAAUAAGAGGUACUACAGGCAGUAAAUGUUACCGGUUACUGCCUGAAAAGGAGAACACUUGCUUUAUGGAAGUAACAACCCAUUGGCAAGCCCAAGAUUUCGUUCUUGGUUAAUCUAUCUAUUAAAAUUUUGAAAAAUAACGCAAAAGUGUCCAGAGAGUAUUCAACAUUGUCUACGAAAAGACAAAUCAUAUCUCGUUUACCAUGCUCAUGUUUUUUUGUUACUGUUUUAUUUAAGUUAGCAAUUCAGCCCCUCAGAGACGGCACAGAUCUUAGAGAAAAUGUUCAGACGGCACUCGGAAACUUCAGGGUAAUCUACUGUUAUCUAUGUUAUCUCGUUCCCUGUUGAAAAGGCAAAAAAGACUUUCUGGUUUACAAAACUAUUGAGUUUUUUUAAAACUUGCUCAACUUUGUGUGUCUUCAGAGUAAGUCAGGAAGAAUUUCCUGUGAGUAUUUCGUCGCUACUGAUAUUACUGUAACAACGAUCUUUGAAAAAAUGUUGUUCUUAAAGAAAAUCUUUUUUUAUCUGUCAUCCACAACGAAUAUUUAAACGUGCAACUUAUUUGGCUAAUGUAACCCUUUUCCUAUACAGGAGAUCUGUGGCGUGGCCCCCCGGUCUAAUCUGAAACAGUGCAUAAGGCUAUUGGCUUCCAGACUUGAGGGGAAUGCAGAAUCUAUUGAGCUCAAACUGGUCAUGAAGGAUGAGGUAUUGGGAAUGAAUUUUUGUUUCCAUAUUUUCCCUAGUAAUAUUUAGACCCACCACGUAUCAGAGUUUUUAUGAUGUGAAGUAGAAUUAAAGAUCGCUGUUUGAAUUUUGACUCACUUAACGUCUCGUCAAAGUAUGGCAUAACUCGUAAAAAUAUUCAGCGAUAAUACACACCAAAACGUCUAAUAAGAUAUAUGUAAGAUACAUCUAGUUACUCCUUUCAGUAUUGCUACCGAGCCAAACAUUUAGGUCACGCGAAUAUACGACAUGAUAGCUAUGUGAAACUUGUUUGUUUGUUUGUUUUGCUUUUUGUAGUAUCCUUACUUCGAAGCUCAAGGGAGUUUGCCAGAGAUGUUGAAGAAAGCGCUGGCCGCUAUAGAACAGGUAAUAUAAUCGGGGAAAAAUUUUUCCUCAACGGCUUCCUUACUUUUCAGCUGAGUGCGUGGGAGAAUUACACUACAUAAUCAUCCCUUCCAUAAUUUUAUACGUCUAAACACUUAACUUAACGUUUGCAAUUAUUAUUCACUCAAGUUAUUGUUAGUUUGGUAGUGAUAACUCGAUCAUUUUCCAUUUUGCAGGUCGUCCAAGACUCCAAAACGUUAAUCGAAUCUUGUGACUCCGUUCACGAAAGAGUAAGUCAUGUUGCUGAGUAAUUUUUUAACCAACAUUUACGAUAAAUGAAUUCACCAAGCAUCUUUUACGGAAAAGGUGUCUGAAAAAACUAUACUUGCUUAUCGUAGUUCAGAAAGAGGUUUUCAACUGGGUGUCGAGUCAAAACAGAAUUUCUUCUGCUCUGCUUUGCUACUUUUCGUUGAUUGUCUAUGAACUUGAGUCAAUCAGAUUCAAAGCUGAACUAAUCCCUUUUGGCUCCAAAUGACGUCAAAUUCAGUUUGGUUUCACGACGCUCAAUCGAGAAGCACCGCCUCAUCCACAGCUAUCAGUUUAAAAUUGCCGAGUAUUUGUAAAUAUUUAUCGCUCCAAAUGGUGUUCUCUUUGUCGUAGAUUAUCCAGUGCGAGAGAGCGGGCUUGGAGUGGCACGUACGUAAAUCAAAUUUUGUGUUAAAAUAAUUAUUUUAUGUACUCUAAGAUACAGGUGAAAUAUCGGGAUUUCAUGUGCACCGUAAAAAGGUUUCUAUACAUCAUGUAGUAAUAAAACUUUUUUCAUCUUUCAUUUGAAGUUAUUUAUGUGGCUAUGGUUUAUGGCAACAUAACCAUAGCGUUUUGUUUUAUUUAUGAAGAUUUUAUCACAAGCGGGGGGCUGGGGAGAGUAAAUGCACUCUUCCGUUUAGAGUAGCUCUGAACUAUUGCAUCGCACAAAUCAUGAAAAUAUCAAUUAUCUAUUUCAGGAAGAGCUUCAUAAUGCCUGUGUUAAAGAGGGAAUAAAAGGGAAGCGACUGACAAAGGUACUCUGGUCUUCUCCUUACAACAAUAAAUCAGCAGCUAAAAAAAUUGCUGCUGUGUUUUGGGUGUCUUCGUCGAUUAGUCCAACGCUAUUACGCCGAUCUACGAGGAUAAAAACUUAUUUAUUGACGUUUAAUCGGACAAAAACUCUUCUGUAACCCAAGCAGUACAUGUUCUGCAGAGUAACAAGAGUAAUAAUAAUAAUGAUGACGACGAUGAUUAUAAACACUUCGUUGCUCUCGACAAAUUUCUAUCAAAAAAACAUCCUUUUGUAAAAUUUUGACUUUGAAGGCGGGUUAGCUAUUACGGUCACAUGACGUGUUCACUUUGGGACUGUUCACAUCCGGGUGUUUUCUCUUACAGGCGGUAGAAAGCUAUUCAUGGAAUAUUCGGGUCUUAAAGGGCCAGGCAGAUUUACUUCUCAACGCAAAGAGCGAGUGUCAGGAAUAUCUUCGACAGGUAACUAUGUCUGUUUAAUCACAAACCUUAUUUUCAUCCUGAACGGUGCAGUAGGGUUCGAUGAAUAGUUAUGGCUGGUUUGUAUUAAAUGAAACAAAUGUUCAGAGAACUUCAACUUCAUACUAUGUCACUGAAAAUCCAAGAAUUUCAAAGCAUGUUUUUAAAAGAUAUCGUAAAACAGGCCAAGAUAAGCGUCGUCGACAUCAAGGCAACCAUUUUAUAAUAACUUGUUCCUCACGUCUGUGCUUUACUGUCAGAGCAGGGGUGCGCGGGAAGGGUAGGGGUGGGGGUGGUUUCGGGAGGUUUUGGUUGAGGUUGCAAGCGUCAUAUUAACAUAGGCACGCAACGUCUACAAAUAAUAAUGGCAAAAUAAAAGUACGUAAGGGUUAACAAAAAGCUGGACUUUGUACCCUUUGUAUCACUUGAAUAGCUGUGUAGGGAGUAACAUUUGUUGCCAAGAAAACCACUCAAAAUUAACAUUAUAGCUUAAUUCAAGAGCAGGGAAUGUUCUUCAUGUCAAACCGUUCGAAUUAAAAUGAAGUUUACCAUAAUAUUGUUUUUUUCUUCCUUUUUUCAGAUUCAAGAGGCGACGUUAUCAACUGGUCUUGUCAAAUCCGUUGGCUGUGACCUCUAACCGGAUACUUCAUUUAUUUGUCACAUUUCGUCUCACCAGAUACGCACUUGUUGUACUAGCGUUGUAAAUUCGAAAGCAGAUAGUGUAAUAAUGAAUACAAAGGAGUGGUUCUUCGUUUCAGAUGUGAACUUAUUUUUUACCCUUACUAUAUUUUUUCACGUACUACUCCUCGUAAUGGUUUUCUCUAAAAUAUGGUUAUUGUUUUUUUUUAAGUGCCAUGUUUAUUCUUCGUAGUUUCAGUAUAAAUACUAUCAGAAAUACGUUUUACUUUUAUCCUUACGUUAGUCAUUAUGCGCGCAAUCACAAUCUUUUCUCUUCUUUCUUAAUUUUUUUCGUGUUUUCCAUGGAUUCACACGAACACAGAUGAUUUUCGAGCAUAAAACGAAGUUCCCACGUCUCAGAGUAGAUUAAAAUUGAAAUACAACAGUGUUUUAUUACGAAGAUUGAGGAAGCGAUUUUAAGUAGAAAAUUGUAAAUAUUAAUUCAAGAGGAAUAUUUAAAUAAUGCAAUACAGAAAAAAAGUUUUUUGAAGACACGUGGACGUGUAGAUGGUUGAAUUAAUGAUUUAGUUCUUGAAUUAGUUUUCGUUCUAACUGUCCGGCAUUAAGUCACAUACUACUAGAUUUAAUUUUCGUCAUUGCAAAUCUCGCGUCAUAGUUUACCAUGUGACUUGUUAAGCUGGUGACACUAUGCGUAUAUGUUUUGGCAAAUAGUAUUCAUGACAUGUUUUAGCCUAUCGUAUUACGUGACAUUUUAUAAAUAUCGGCACCACGCAGAUCUAAGACUCUUGGUGUUUUCAGAUUGAUUAUUCCUUAUGUUGAAUUUUGGUACGUAGGUAACAAUGUUUGUGCGAUCCGGCCUCAGCGGAUUUAUCCUGGAAAAAGUAUAUUUUUAGCUUAACGUUUUUUGAGUGCGAGAAAUAGUAGAGUGAAACGGCAAGUGCGUUACGAUCCCAGAUUUAAAAAAAACAACAACAACAGAGCAAAAAUAAUGUAAAAUUUAUGUUGUUGAGAUGAUCAUUAUUAUUAGUAUCACCAUUGUCACUCAUCUAGAUUGCUUAUUACGUUCUUCAACGCUCCAGGGAGGGGGUGUGAACCUGGAAACGAGAGUGCGCAGCCGGCGCUUGGUAACGACACGAGUAACACGCGCACGCGUGACAAUUGAAUCGAGAGAGCAAAUUUUGAAGUUCAAAGGUCUUCUAAUAGGCAAGACUGUUGAUGGUUGUUUUUUGCCAAUCAUUUUUUAAUUAACUGAAUUAGUGAUCGUAAGUGAAGGCCUGUGAGUGAAACAUCGCAUCUGAACAAAGAAGUCUUCCUAAGCAGAUUCGUUCACGGUCGUGUCUCAAAGUAUGUCCCAGCUAUGGUUUAUACUUGUUUAUUUAUUUGACAUUGUACAUAUCAGAGAUGAGUGACGCAUAUCUGUAAGUAGUUAAAAUCGUGAUAGAGCUAACUCGAGGUUGUCAGAUCGACUGGGAAAAAAGUAUUCAUUUAAAAAAUAUUAAUUUAUGAAAUAGUCAUUUAUAGGAGAGGACUCUUGUUUGCUACGCAAUGAAUGUGUGUUAGAGAAUCUGGAACAGAAGUAGUGUUAAGAGAAUAAACUACGAGAACUUCAUUUCAAAUGCAAUCACAGAAUUAUCAUGAUUAAAGAAGAACUUUUUAGAUUUAAGUUAAUAGGUGACGGAAAUUGUACCUACCGGCAGUGAAGCACACUUCGAAUUCAUGGAUAUUGUCUAUUAAUCAUAACAAUUACAAUUUCCUCGAUUGUGAUUGGUCUAAAAACUCUUAUUUCCUUCUAAUUCACUUUCCAAGUUGUUAUCAGAGUUUGUUAUUGGACAGUUCAAUAAGCC